AUGGUGCUGAAAUUCUGCUCUUGCAGUUCACAGUUUCUCCUUUGCGCUGUCGUCAUACUUGACGUGUUUCAGGCGCUGCAACAUCUCCUGCUCUGGUGGCUGGUGGAGUUUCACCUUCGUGCAGCUCCAGGCGGCUUUUCAGCGUUGUUUCAGUGUUGUGUUGUCGGCCGGUGGCUCUCAGGCUCGUUGCGGCUCGGACUGGUUCUUUGCUCUGGCGGUUUGGCCGGUUGGGCACAAACGCUUUGCUCAAUGGCGGUCUUCGUAGACAGUAAUGCGAAACAAGCUGGAUCAGGUUUGGUUCGUGUGCCCGCUGUUCUCUUAACCGUGAUUGCUGGUGUGCUGAUACUAAGUCAACAGCAGAUGGAGGGGACAUAUGACUGUUCAAACGACAGUCCAUCCCUCCAAAGCAUUCAGGAGUUGUUAUCCAUGCAGGGAGUUGCACCCAAGGGAGCUACCCAUACUGUAGGAGAGCUCCUGGACAAUGUUUCCUGCCCGUCAUUGCUCCAUAUCCAUGGAGACAGGAUUCAUGAGGGGCUUGCUAAGCCUCCAACUCGUCAUCACCCUGCGUCCUCUUAG